AUGCAAGAAUUCUCAAACCUCUCAACUCAACUAAAGAAUUCACUCUCCAAGGCACUAACAAUUUUCUACCCUCUUGGUGGUAGAAGAAAUGAUAUAUUCUCGAUCGAUUGCAACGAUGAUGGCGCAAUUUACAUUGAAUCAUCAAUAAACAUGGAAAUGGAAGAGUUCUUAAAACCACCAAAAUUGGAAUUACUAAACAAAUUGCUUCCAUGUGAACCAAACAAGACACACCCUUACAACAAAAUCUUACCUCAAAUUUUAGUCCAAGUCAACAUUUUUAAAUGUGGAGGAAUAGCUAUUGGUUUGUGCAAUCUCCACACAAUACUAGAUGCAUAUUCUUGUAGUUUAUUCUUGAAAACUUGGUCUUCAAUUUGUAAAGGGUCAAUUGAUGAAAUAUUUAAACCAAAUUUCUCAAUUGCUUCUUCUACUUUUCCUCCAAGAAACACUUUUGGUGUAAGAGCCGGUGUGUUGAAUAUUAACAAAGGCUUAGAAAUUGAAGUCAAAUGCACCACAAGAAGAUUUUUGUUUGAUAACAAAGCAAUUAAUGAAUUGAAAGAAAUGUCACAAUCACAAAAUAAUGGAAUCAAUAAAAAACCUACAUGUUACAAGGUAGUAUGUUCAUUUAUAUGUAAACACAUGAUUUUAGCAUGCAUGAAGGAAUUAUUAGUUAGUGAGAGUAAAAGGGAAGUGGUGGUUUUACAUGUUGUGGAUAUGAGGAGAAGGAUGGGAGAGACUUUGUUACAAAAUUCCAUUGGAAAUUUAUUAUGGCCAGCUAUGAUGGUUUGUGAGAAUGUCAACAAGGACACUAAUAUUAUUGAUAUGGUUAGAAUUUUAGAAGAUGAAAUUGGAAAAGUUAAUGAGGAAUUGUUUUUAAAAGUGAAAAAUGAUCCUUGUUUUAUGUGGAGUGAGGAGUGUGGUGAAUUAAUGCUUGAAAGAAUGGAAAAUAAAAAUCCUAUUUCUUUUGUGUUCACAAGUUGGGGUAAUAUGGGAUUUAAAGAGAUGGAUUUUGGUUGGGGGAAACCUUUAUGGUUGGGUCAAAGAGGUGGUACCAAAGAAACUAUUCCAAAUACUGUUGUGUUGAUGGAAACAUAUGAGGGGAUAGAGGCAUGGAUGACAAUGGCAGAGAAACAUUUAGAUGUUUUGGAAAAUGAUAAAGAAUUCAUCAAAUUUGCAUUGCUUAAUCCCAAUGUUAAUUUCAACUUAGUAUAG